GGCGGCGGCGGCGGCGGCGGGCGGCCGGCGGGCGUCGUCGGUGCAGUUCGCGGCGCGGCCGACCCCGACCCGGGCCCCCCGCGCUGACCCCGGCCCGACGCGGCGCGCAGGCUCGAGCCCCCUGCCCGCGCCAUGGCCAGCCCAAGGACCAGGAAAGUGCUUAAGGAAGUUCGGGUGCAAGAUGAAAACAACGUGUGUUUUGAGUGUGGUGCCUUCAACCCCCAGUGGGUGAGCGUGACCUACGGCAUCUGGAUCUGCCUGGAGUGCUCGGGGAAGCACCGCGGGCUCGGGGUGCACCUCAGCUUUGUCCGGUCUGUCACCAUGGACAAGUGGAAGGACGUGGAGCUGGAGAAGAUGAAGGCGGGCGGGAACGCUAAGUUCCGGGAGUUCCUGGAGUCUCAGGAGGACUAUGACCCGUGCUGGUCCCUGCAGGAGAAGUACAGCAGCAAGGCUGCCGCCCUCUUCAGGGACAAGGUGGCCACUCUGGCCGAAGGCAGAGAAUGGUCUCUGGAGUCAUCGCCCGCCCAGAACUGGACCCCGCCUCAGCCCAAGACGCUGCCAUCGUCCUCUGCCCACCGAGCCUCCGGGCAGCCGCAGAACUCCACCACCUCCUCAGACAAGGCGUUCGAGGACUGGCUGAACGAUGACCUUGGGUCCUGUCAGGGGGCCCCGGAGAACCGCUACGUGGGGUUUGGGAACACGGCGCCGCCUCCGAAGAAGGAAGACGACUUCCUCAACAGCGCCAUGUCGUCCCUGUACUCGGGCUGGAGCAGUUUCACCACCGGAGCGAGCAGGUUUGCCUCAGCGGCUAAGGAGGGCGCGACAAAGUUUGGAUCCCAAGCAAGUCAGAAGGCGUCGGAGUUGGGCCACAGUCUGAACGAGAGUGUCCUCAAACCAGCGCAGGAGAAGGUGAAGGAGGGAAAGGUUUUUGAUGACGUGUCCAGUGGGUUCUCUGAGUUGGCAGCCAAGGUCCAGGGCGUCGGCAGCAGAGGAUGGCGGGACGUCACCACCUUUUUUUCUGGGCGAGCGGAGGACCCAUCGGACAGACCCCCGGAGGGCCAGAGCUGCCAGGGCACCGUUGACCGGAGCUUCUGGGAGGCCUUCGGGAGCGCCGACCCCGCCAGGGCCCGCGGGUCCCCGAGCAGUGACAGCUGGACGUGCGCGGACGCCUCGGCUGACAAGAGGAGCUCGGACAGCUGGGACGCGUGGGGCUCGGGCUCCGCGUCCGACAGCCGGCACAGCGACACCAGUGACGGCGGGCGGGCCUGGGGGGGUGGCGGGGAGGGCAGGGCCAAGGCCGCCAAGAAGGCAGCGCCGCCGGCCGUGGUGGACGACGGCUGGGACACCCAGGACUGGUAGGGCCCCCACCGCCGGGGCAGGUGGCCACGCGGCCUGCCCGCUCCCUCCUCGCAAUCCCAGAUGCGCCGGCCACCGGGAGACAGCCUCGGCCGGGACCCCGGGGGCCACGGUCCUGCGUCCCUGGGACCGGGGCCCCGGCGCUGUUGCAGUAAGGGCUCCCUGCUGCUGCGGGAGGCCGGCCGCGCCGAGCCGCUCCCCAGGCCCUCGGUAAUAAACGCCCUCUCCGGCGGCGCCCACGGCCAGGCAGCGCCCGUGACGGAGGCCUGUGUCCUUGAGUCGA